AAAAUAUUCAUUGGAUUUUUCCGAAUCUAAAAUGCGAAUGUAAUUUUCUUUGCAGUACUCAUUUCAUUCUUGAAUCACCGAAAGGCGCGUCACCAUGAGUUAUUUCUAUAUAAGGACCGAAUGGGACUUUGUGCUGGCUAGAGUUUGCUAUAUUAAUAAAUGGGAACAGACGACACGGAAAUGUUGGGAAACAGACAAAGGAAGUUGGCAUGCAUUGGACUACGAUGAAUUACGAGACUUAAACUACACAUUUAAAGCAUUAAUCAAAAUGGCGAAAGAAACAGAACGACAGUGGAUAAUUGAGGCUAAUGGACUCGAUUUCAUUAGAAAAAUUUUGGCCUGGCCAUCAACAGAAGAAAAACUAGAACACAAGGAAAUCAUGUCCAGUGCGUGGGAUCUUUUGUUUGAGUUGGCAGAUGAUAGCUCCAAUCAUGCUCUAAUUUGGAGCGAAUUCAACAGAAUCUUAAUGAAACACCUCCGCCAGAAGGUGUAUGAUAACGACGCUUGUCGUCACAUUGUUUACCGUAUUUAUGGGAUAUCCCAUAUUGCUCAACAUGAAGGAUUGAAUAUAUUCCAAAUUCUAAUCAACCACUUCCAUAAGGCGAAACAAAAUGGCCCACUGAAGGAACAAGGAUUAACCCUUUUUCUGCAACAUUUCAUGAUGGAUGAAAGGAGCAUUAGUCUCAUGUAUGAGCAAUUGAAAGAUGUCGAGAAAAAAUGUUUCCUGCACUUUAUCGUUGAUUGCAUUAGUAGACCACUCACUGAUUACAUAAUGGAUUACCGCGUUUCUUCGGAACUACUAGAUUGCAUUUGUAAUGAAUUCAUUUCAAAAAAUGAACUCAUCUCGCUGUCAUCCGUACCGGAAAACUCCAAAGUUGAGCUUCUAUUUUCAUUAUUCGAAGCCAUUGCUUAUGCAGCAACGGAUGAACGUCAUCAGUUGAAUAAAUUCAAUUUUCCUUUGGUUCUAAACGUUGUACAUUUGUUCCACUAUGUUCGGACUCAUGAUUACAUUGCUGAAUUUCACUUUGGCACCAUUCAAAGAAAUACGAAGAUACCCCUAAAGGAAAUAAUAUUGUCAACGAUAAUCAAUUUGGUUAGAGAUAACGCAGACCACAAAGAGAAGGCCAGAGAAGCGGGUCUAAUUGAAAUUCUGGUCAAUUAUGUAUCCAGAGAGCGUUGUCGAUAUUUGUACAAAUGCAUGCUGUACGCGCUCAUCGAGAUGUGCCAAACGAGUCCGCUUAACAUGGCCUUGGUGGAAGAGAUUGCAAAAAGUAAGGACUGGACUGGAUCGGUAGCUGUUGCAGAUUUCCUGUAUGAUAUGAAUUACAAGGGAGAGAAAAUCUACUGAGUCGACUUUCCAUAUUCAUAAAA